GUGUUCUCAAAAAGAGAACACAGACGUUGUGGCUUGUUGUAUUUUCUUGUCUGUUGUAACAUUGCAAGGUUCUCCAUAUGGGACCACAAAGGAAUAUCGUGUCUUGUUUUAUGAUAAUUGAAAAGUAGUUAAUGCUUUCAGUUUUAUUGGGACUUAAUACUACUUUGACAACAUGCACAAGUAGCAUGACGCACUCUACCACAAUUUUUAUUAGUAGGUUAUGGUUUAAAUUUUGUGCGUUUGGACAAAGCUCUUUAUGUACUUCAUGAAUAAGUGGUAUAAAGUGCUUUUACUGUGCACUGUAAGUGCCGGAAGAAAUGCCAAUACUAUACCGGCACUUCUUAAGUUUGAUAAAAUCACAACAAAAUAGAAAUAAGACAAGGAAAUAUGAGUAUUAACCAUAUGCAAGACGAACAAUACGAAAAACAAGAUGAACGACUAUAGCUUUUUCUUGUGUGUUCACAUUUGUGUGUACACAUUUGUACAGUAAAGGGUCGGUGCACUUCAUGUUUAGGAACGGCUGAAACACACACAUUACUGCAGUGGCAAAUUGCAAAGCAAAUUGGUAAACUUAAGAAACUUAAGAUGUAGGACCUAGACCUUAAGUUUCUUAAGUUGUUUUUUUUAUACCGGGUUAGGGUUAGGGUUCUGGAUCUGCCCAAAUAAGUACUGGAACACAGGGAGGCCAAAAUUAAGAAAUUAACCCCUGGUGUAGGUACUGCGUACCGCCUGCUAAUGGUAAAGCUGGACGGGAAGUACUGUACAAUAAACUACACAACUGCUGACUUCCGUUGCGGCUUUUAUAACUAUAAAGUUACACAGUAAAUGAUUAAGUCAGAAUGGACAGGAAACAAGAUUGUGUGAAGCUGUCAGUCCAGCCGUCCAGAGGACUUAUGGAUGAGAAAUUCAUUGUCCUGGUCCAGAAUGUCCCACCUUGUUGUGCGCUGACUGUCCGUGCUUUCAACCAGUGUGAUAAAGGCAACAAGUGGGAGGCGUAUGGUCACUACACUGCCGAUGCCACUGGGACUGUGAAUGUUGCAGAGGAUAUCAGUCUGGGUGGGACAUAUUCUGGGAUUGAACCAAUGGGUCUGUUGUGGAGCCUCAGACCAGUUCAGGGCAGCAAACCGGGACAGAGAUUGGUAAAGAAGAACACCCAGACUCCCAUGGAGGUCACAAUCUCAGUGUAUCAGGGUCACCAGACUGAAGGGUUCAUGAACCAGGUACCACUGGCCUGUGCAGUGGUGGAGCGUUGGUACAUGACGCCUGGUGUCCGCAGGAUCCCGAUCACGGAGGAAGGACUUGAUGCAGUCCUCUUCCUUCCACCAGGGCCCGGGCGGUUUCCUGGAGUCUUGGACCUGUGGGGGGCUGGAACAAUCUUCGUAGAGUACCGUUCAGCGAUGCUAGCAUCCCACGGCUUUGCUUCCUUGACUCUCAACUACCUGAAACCUAAAGUCACCUUGGAAACUGGGAAAAUGGUGGACAAUGAGUACUUUGAGAGGGCCUAUACAUUCCUGCAGAAGCAUCCUGCGGUCCUCAGCGACCGAAUCGCCAUGCUGGGAAAUUGCUUUGGCAGCAACUUAAUCCUCAAAAUGGCUUGUUAUUUUGAAGUUGUAAAGCUCAGGUGUGCAGUGUGCAUUAACGCUACCCAUGUGCAGCCAGUUGGUGGAACUUUAGAGGACACGGUGAAUCACUUGCAGGAUAGGCAAAGCAAGGCUUCCCUGAAUGAGGAGGAACAGGUGAUUUGGCGAGGCUUACUGCUGCCCAUCAUGACGGACCCAUCAACUAAGCUGGACAUGGGGCGACUGCAGUGUCCUCUGUUGCUGGUUGUAGGUGAGGAUGAUCAGAACAUGCCCAGCUACGAGUCUGCAAUGGAUAUGCAGAAGAUGAUGGAACGAGCAGGAAACAGCCACCUGCUGACUGUCCUGUCGUACCCUAACACCGGGCAUGUGAUUGAACCUCCCUACAUGCCACAUACCCGAGCCAGCGACUUCAGAGUUCCCAAAACAAAUGAGAUAUAUAUGACUCUGUGGGGUGGAGAGACGGUGGCACAUUGCCAUGCUCAGGAAGAUGCCUGGAAAAAUAUACUAGCCUUUCUGAGAGAACAUCUGUUUACAGAUAGAAAGAUUGUUUCCCAUCUGUAAACAAGAAGAUAACUAAUAAAACCUAGUAAUAGCAUGAAGACCUAUUAUAAAUAGAAAACUACAAGAUUUCUUGUUCUUGUUCUUGAAAAAAGUAGAGUCACAUUUGGGAGAAGGAACAAUAUUUCAUGGACUUUUGUUCCUGUCCACACUUUGAAAAACAAAUUUGGAUUUGCAAAAAAAAAGAGCUUUUUCUGACAGACAAAAUCUUUUGAGGAAGCUUCGCUGAAGUCAGACAUGAAAGUUACAUAAUGUGAACAAUGACAAGGAUACGUUUUGUUACAGUGGCAGAGUUUGUAUUAACUGAGAUUUUUGGGUUGUUUAAAGUGGAAAAACUGCAAGUUGUUUUAAGAAGUACACUGUGUUCAGGGGCACACAUUUCUCCAGCAGUGCUGUCGCUAAAGCACCAUUAUAUCCACUGUUUCUGCUCAGCGACUGUGUUAACACCCACUGAAAAACUGUUCUUUUAUUUGUGUGUGUGUGUGGGGGGGGGGUAUAGGGAAUAUUUGUGUUUGUAAGUGUGUAUGGCUUUAAGUUAUUCAUGUUUAAAAAUAAACAAAUGAUUGGAUAAGCACUGAUCACCCCCCCCCC